AUGGAGCGAGCCGCAAUAAAUAAGGAGUUUGUCCUGUGCUUCGACGGCACAGGAUACAAAUUCCGAGGCGACGAAGCAGAUAGUAAUGUCCUCAAGAUCUACCGAAUGCUUGAUCGCAAUGACACCCGUCAGUUUCAUUAUUAUCAGCCUGGGUUUGGAACGUAUACCACCUCAAUUUGGAUGUCCCGUGGCACCGCCGACAAUUCCAUCAAGAAAUGGUAUUUUAAUGCAAAAGACGCUGCCUUAGGCACGGCCUUUGAUGAACAUGUCAUGGACGGUUAUAGAUUCCUCAUGCGCUUUUACUGCCCCGGGGAUAGGAUUUACAUCUUUGGCUUUAGUCGUGGAGCGUACGUCGCGCGCCUGCUGGCGGAGAUGUUGGACCAUGUCGGCAUUUUAGAAGCAGGAAAUGAAGGGAAGGUCCGCUAUAUCUGGUCUGUCUUUGCCAAGUGGGGGCAACGCAGUAACAGGGUGGAUACUGAUCAGAAAGAAAAAGACGAGAUAUACCAGUACAUGAAGGCAUUACGGGAGACUUUCUGUCUUCCAGUAUCGCAGAUCCGUUUUCUAGGGUUAUUUGAUACCGUCAAUAGCAUACCACGGUUCGAAGUGUCUCGCGACAAAUUUAGAUUUCCUUUUACGGCGAAAACUUCGGCCAAAGUCAUUCGGCAUGCGGUCGGUAUUGACGAGCGUCGCGCGAAGUUUCGAGAGGAUCUGAUGUCAGACUCCAAUUCAAUCUCGCUGUCAGUUCGAGAGAGAAUUGAGGGUCAUAGAUCUACCACGAGCGAAUCCCCUGGACCAGGGAUUUCAACGGAAGAGACAUUCUAUCGGCCGGUUUCUCGUUCCCGUCGGCAAGCUGUGAGCAUUGGUGAUCAGCGAAUGCAUACUGAGUUUCGAAACGAAUCCCUUGUGCGGCCUAGAUCUCCGUACGAGUCUGAGGGUUGUCCUUCCGAGGAAAGCGAGGAUACCACUCAGGACAUCGAGGAGAUUUGGUUUCCUGGAUGCCAUGCAGAUAUCGGCGGCGGAUUCAAAUUGAGUGAAGAUGAAGACUUUGCGCUGAGUCAUGUGCCUUUAGUAUGGAUGGUUCAUGAAGCGCAGCGCGCGGGGCUUAGAUUUGAUCCUACUAAAUUGAAACAAUUCCACUGCUUUGAUGAUUCAACAAAUGAUAAUGACCUUCGGCGUUAUCCGCAGCAAAACAAUGUCAGCCAGGGAAGUGAAGCGAAUGGCGAAGAGACAAAAGAAAGAUCUAAAUUCAAGUAUGCGCUUUGGAGAGCGAGCACGAACGGUCAAAUUCAUGAUUUUCUACGAUAUGGCCACGGUGUCCCGUGGCCCACUGUUCUAUCCUGGCAAUUGGUGGAAUACCUUCCAUUUCGGAGGAUGAAUAUGCAAAAUGAUGGAUCCUGGAAGCCCAUUCGAUGGCCACUCCCCCUCGGGGAAAGACGUGAUAUCCCUAAGCAGGCUACAAUUCACGGCUCAGCCAUUCGUCGCAUGGAAGUCAAUCCAGAAUAUCGACCUAAAAACUUGAUCCGAGGGGGGAAAGGAAAGAAGAAAAUCCCCGAAGUCCAUGGCAUCGGGGACUGGGAAGUGCACGCUGAUUGGGGCUGUCCAGUGCGAGAAACCUAUCGCCGGAAGCAGCCGAACAAACCAAAAUAAGCAGGGCCCGUGGCUUACUUUGUAGAAUAGAGGGACU